CCUUCAUAUGAAUGUGGAAUUGUUUUCCUAUGCAGCUGAGGGGUCAGAUGCCUUAGAAUUCUUAUGUGAGUUUGCAGAAGGCCUGAGAUUCUUGAAAGAGAUAAAUGCCACCCUUUGAGAUCACCUGACAGGGUUUGGUUCUGUAGACUGUAGCUGAGAUGAUCUGGAUGUGUUAGCAGAAGGAUACAGGAGCUGUUCCAGUUACAAAUUCUAGUUACAAAUCCAGUUAAAAAAUGAACCUGCUGUUUUUCUAAAACACCACAGACCUUGUAAUAAAUAAAAUAGGGGCUAUUUUAUUAGUUUCAGUGAGUUCCAUAUUCAUAUGCAUCCAAUAUAUUAGGAGGUAUAUAUACAGUCAGCAACAGACAAAAAGUAGAAACCCCAAACCCUUAAUAUAGACAGCUGCAAAACAGCUGGUCAGAGUUGGUCAUGGUAACAGUCCUGGUUAUGAUUUUAGAUAAAAAUUUAGAGCAAUCUGAGAUUGUUAUCAUUCAUUCUAAAUGUCUCUGCUAUUAUCAAUAGCAGUGAGAAAAGGUCCAGAAAGAUGACCUGGAGCUAUGUGUAUACAACAUAAGCAACCUACUUGUUGCAACAUAUUUGUGUUCUAGAACUCAUACAUUUAAAAUUAAUCUUUGUUGCAAAGCAUUAAAAAAUUAUAUUGUAAAAUAAAGUAACAUUAAUUCCAGUACAACGAAGCCAAACUCUUCAACUUCACCCUUCCUGAACUUCAGUCCCUUUGUGCUUUUUCUAGGCGGGGAAGACUUUUUUUUCCCACUCAGAACGCGUUAUAAAAUCAUUGUAGCGCUGGUUUCAUAAAUAUGACCUCAAUAAUCAAUACGACCUUGGGACUUUUUAACUAUUAUUUUUAUUUCCUUUGAGUAGUCUAACUGGCUGGACUUUCCCCUUUCUCCCUACGCUUCCCGGCAGCAACUCCCGGGAAACGGUCUGUCCUGGGGCAUGCGCACGCUGGGUGACAGUGCAGAGGCACGUGGAGCGCUGCGGCGUGUUCGGGCUGAGUGGCGUCCGCCGGCGGCUCCAAUGCAGGAGGGUCCUGGGGAAGGUGUGUGCUGCUGCCACCACCUUGAUAACGUUACACUGAUGGAAUCAUGUGAACAGUUGAAGAACAUUCAAAUUUGCCGAAGGUACCUCGGAAUUGAAUUCUUCUUAAUACAGUGACCAUAUGGGAUCAAAGAAAAAUGGUCUUCUGUUUUUCAAACACUUGAGUUUGUUGUUUGUAACAACAUGAUUUACUGUGAAAACUGGAAGAAGAAUCUUUCUGGGCAUUUUAAAGAUAGCUGGUAGGCAUAGCAAAAUGCUUUGUUUGAGGCAGGUUUGCUUGUUUACACUGAGACGUGUCCAAGCUCGGACUCUGUGUAGUGAUCUGCUUUUGAGCCAGAUAAAUAGUUGCACCCAUGAAGAUGAAGUGUUUAGCCUUGUUGGAAGGAACAAGGCCAGACUUUCUGAAAAGCAUGUGGGAAUUGCAUUAAACAUGCUGUGGCGAUUGCAAAAGAAGAGGCCGUUUCUCUUAAGGACUACUGACUAUGUAAAAAAUCACUCCCAGUUUCUUACCCUUUGCGUUUUGGCAGAAAACAAGGUGAAACACAUGGAAGAUGAGGCCAUAGUGGACACCUUAUAUAGUAUUCUGAGGCUCAAUGUUGAAGACCAUGAUUCUCUAGCAGAAACAUUUGUUACAGAAGCAUGGAAAAGAUUAGAAAGGCUUAGUUUGCCAGCUUUAUCUAAAUUCACACUGUGCUUAUACAAGCAACACAGGCAUUUCAAUCCCAUAAUUGGCCAAGUAGCUCAUAUUGUGGACAUGAAACUGGAUUCUAUACAGGAUGUAAGGAUCCUGUCAGUUUUGAUGGUCAGCAUAUCUGAUGUUAUCUCACAGAGUUUUCGAGAUCGAUUACUACACAAGGCUGAACAGCUCUUGGAAGAAGAGAAUGAAGGCCACUUCAACUAUGCCAAAAGAAUGCUACAGUUUCUUCAAAAUGUUAAACUGAAAUAUCAUCCGUUGCUAGAAAAAUGCAACAGGAUUUUUCUUAAAAGUGCCUCCUGUCUUGAUAUCCACAGUAUUAGUAGUAUUUUUGGACUGUACGAGCAGCUGGGUUUUGACAAUGCUGAAUUCCGCUUGGUUGCUAACAAGCUACUGUCUGAAACUAUAGAUGAUUAUUACAAUCCUGAAACCUUUGCAAAAUUAUUUUUUGUUCUUGGGCCUAUGGCAGGAUCCACGGUAAGAGAAAGGUUGCUAGUAACUGCAGCACACAUGGCAGAAGAAUUUAACAGUCACCAGGUGUUGGUGAUACUGAAGACAAUGCAGAAAAUGAAAUGCAGAAAUUCUCAUCUACUUGAAAAAAUGGCUUCUGUUCUGCACAAACACUUGGAUAGUUAUCAUGUGUUACAGCUGGUGAAGUUAACACAGUACUUGACGUGGUUGCGAUGCCGCAAUCUGGAGCUGUUUGCCAAACUGAAGAUGUUACUAUUAGGUUAUUUAAAAUCUAGUGUGAUACCUGCUGAUACUGCAGCCAUAAUUCGUGUUCUGGCCAUGCUACCUUCUUUUCAAGUGGAGGAGAUGAUUACAAACAAAGCAGCAGCAGUUCUGCCUCAAUGCAGUCUCCAUCAUUUGAAUUGCAUUGCUACAGCUCUUGUCAAAUGGAAUCAUCAUGACCAGUUGCACUGGCAAAACAGUUCUGAGCUAUGUGCAAAGCUUCUGCAAAAACUAAAUGACUGUGGAUUUGAGAGGCUUCAGAAAACCAACAGCUUAAAUCUUCUGUUGGAAGAACUUACACAUGUGAAUGGAGAGUGGUUUGAAGAAGUCCUGAAUGAGGAAACUGUGGCCAUGUGUCAACGCUUGAUAGACCAAAUAACAUGGACAAAUGUAUUACCGCUGUCUUUUUUUCUCAAAAAAACAAACCACCGUUGUCCUGCCUUAUUUGACAGAAUAGCUUCUGUGACUGUUGAAAAUAUAGACAAGAUCCACUCCUCCGAAAUCUAUUUUAUUCUUUUACUUUUCUCUGCUUUGAAUUAUGACAAUGAAGAGUUCUUUAAGAGUUGUAUCCAACAUCUUACUUCUGACUUGAGUUAUUUUGAAAUUUAUCACUUGGUGCUGCUUGGUCACGUUUUGGCAGUGGCUGGGUAUUUUCCUCCAGUUCUGAUAACAACGAUAUUUAAUGUUUCUUUCCUAAGCAAACUGGAUGCUCAACUUAAAGUCCUGCCUGAUACCCUAAAGCAGAGGGUCUGCUCUCGCCUCAUGAAAUUGAACAGAGCGGUCUGUCUGGAAUGCCCGGAGUUUCACAUCCCUUGGUUUCAUGAGCAGUACUGUCAACGUGUCUUUCAUAACAGCGUGAGCCGAAUAAAUCCACUGCGACAGCAUGUUCACAGAAUGCUGACAGAGAUCUUAGGAGGGAGCCAGUACUCCAGGAUAUCUGUUCUCACACCAUACUACUAUGAAAUAGAUUUUGAGUGUGUCCUGGAUGAAAAUAAAAAGCCUCUUUCCUACAUGGCUCAGAAUAUACCUUUGGAUGAUGUGGGGGGAAUACACUUGAGACAUGAUAUCAAAGAUGAAGGGAGAAAGGCUCUGCCACCAGGAGCUCAGAGAAUUGCUUUGGAAUUUCUUGAUUCAAGAGCUUUUAGCAAAGAUUAUUCACGUCAUCUGAAAGGAGAACCUGCAGUGAAAAAACGACACCUGGAAAUGCUGGGAUACCGGGUAGUUCAGAUUCCUCACUUUGAAUGGAAUUCUAUGGUUCUGUCAACAAAAGGUGAACAGCUAGAAUACCUGAGACAGCAGCUGUAUGGAAUACAGUGAUGUCAGACAUGCAGUCUAAAGUACUUCUAUAAAAACAUUUUAUGUACCACCAAACGUUUUGUAAUCCUGGAAUACAUAGUUUCAAAAAUCUCUUUAUCUGUGAGUCAGCUGGACCAAGGCUUGCCACGGGCAUCAAGUGUAGAGGGAUUGCAAAAGGCAGGUCAUAGUGGGCCAUGAAGAUCCAAUAUGGAUGCUUAUAAUUUCCUAUUAUCUGGAAGCUAUUGUUUAAUCACAUGAAGCUCUGGCAGUUUUGCUGUAAAAUUACAUUAUCAUCUCCUAAAUAAAUAGUACAGAGGCUUAGCCAGACAUAAAACUCUCCAAAGAAAAAGUUGGAAAUACUCUUGACUGUGAGAGAAGUGUCAGCAAUCUAUUGAAAACUACAUCUGUCCUCCAGCAUAAGACAGAAUGAGCAGCUGGGAAUCAAACAGUAUCUGUACUCUGAAACCAAGAAACUGAAGUGCAAAUUGACUAAGCAUAGGGCUGCUUUUAGAGCCAUUCAGUUUCCAUCUCCCAGAACAGAGGUACUGCGGGGAGUGCUGGGGGAGGGUGUUGCGUGGCGAGGAACCUCCAGCUGCUUCUCCUACCCUGUGAUGUGGCGCAUACAAAAGUAUGUCUGAGCCUCCUGGAACACCUCCAGAUACCUAAAAACCCUGCCAGGGUUUGUGCAGGAGGCACAAGACACUGAGAUGUAGAAGGAAAAACGGAAUAGGCAGCAGAAUGUUCAUUGUAGAGCAAACUGUAGAGUGGUCAUACUUGACAGAUCAGCCUGUUUUCAGAGGCAGCCACAUUGUGCCCACGGCUGCCAUCAUCUCAUGACUGCUUGCUCUGCCUGUCCUUCACUUACACAAUGUGGCUGUGUUUUCUUCCUCAUUUAGUAGAAGCAGUAGACAUUCUUUUACCACUUACUUGAAACCUGGCAGAGGUAAGCAACUGCAUUUCUGAAUUGGCCAUUAUGCAUCUGCUGUCACUUUUUUUGUUUUUACUAUUCAGUAGCAGAAGAAAAUAUUUUUAUUUACUGCAUACAAAUCAGGACAGGAAUGGAAAUUCAGGAAAAAACAACAGAACUGAUCUAGGCUGCAAGAUGGAGAGGAAGAGAGCUUUGAGGAAGUAUCAUUGAAGGGACAGCACAUAGAAAGACUCUAUGCACAUUCUAUUUUGUAUAAAAUGGAGAAAACAAUCAUAAAUAUAGGUUAGUAUCUCAGAAGGUGGGCUACAUGUCAAAGGGCUGUUGCAUGACCCUGUUUCUGUAUAGAUGGCCUUCAUGAAGCAACCUUGGAGUCUAAGAAAGGUGGCAGUGGCUUAAAUGUUCAGUCAUGGGUGGUCAUGUGUUUGAGCUGAACCCCGCUUUUCAGAGUUCUAGCAGUCACUGUGCCAAGCCAGCUAUCUUCAGAUUAUGUAUGGAUAAAGUUAUGAGUACGCACAAUGGGAAGAGGAUUAAAACUUGCUAUGAGUGGAUUCAGAAAGGGCAUCGAAGAAAAGCAAACUAUAAGAGUAUUUCAAUAAAAUGUGUUGUCUUUGA